GGGUGUGUGGAGGGGGCGGGCCCCACCAGCCGUCUCCCUCCCCCCUUCGCAUCCCCCGCCCCCGCUCCGCCCCCGCCUCACUGCCCGGGGUGGGAAGCGCGUGGCUGGGUCACAUGAGCCACCCGCCCGCCAGCCCGGGCCCGGCCCCCCGCCGUCCCCGCCACCGCUGUCCUAGGCCACCGCCACCGGCUGCCCGCCCGCCCCGCUCCUCCGGCGGCCACCGCCGCUGCGCUGCCUGCGCCCAGGGCUCGGGAGGGGGCCGCGGAGCAGCCGCCCCCCGCGCCCGGCCCCCGGCCGCCGCGCCAGGGCCUGCGCCAUGGAGCUCUGGCGGCCGCCGCCCCCUGCGCCACCGGGCUAGGGCAAUGCGGGCGGCCCCGGCGCGCAGUCCCCGCAGGCACCAUGAACCCCCUGCUCCGCCGCCUGCUGCUCGCUGCGCUCCUGCAGCUGGCCCCCGCCCAGGCCCCGGUUCCCCAGCCUGAUGCCCCUGGGCACCCGAAGAAAGUGGUGUCAUGGAUGGACGUGUAUGCCCGUGCCACCUGCCAGCCGCGGGAAGUGGUGGUACCCUUGACUGUGGAGGUCAUGGGCACCGUGGCCAAACAGCUGGUACCCAGCUGCGUGACCGUGCAGCGCUGCGGCGGCUGCUGCCCCGACGACGGUCUGGAGUGUGUGCCCACUGGGCAGCACCAAGUCCGAAUGGAGAUCCUCAUGAGCCGCUACCUAAGCAGUCAGCUCGGGGAAAUGUCCUUGGAGGAACACAGCCAGUGUGAAUGCAGACCAAAAAAGAGGGAGAGUGCUGUGAAGCCAGACAGGGCUGCCACGCCCCACCACCAGCCCAAGCCCCGCUCCGUUCCGGGCUGGGACUCUGCCCCCGGAGCGCCCUCCCCAGCUGACACCACUCAUCCCACUUCAGCCCCAGGCCUGUCUGCCCACGCUGCCCACAGCGCCGCCAGCGCCCUGACCCCCGGACCUGCAGCUGCCGCUGCCGACGCCGCAGCUACCUCCGUUGCCAAGGGCGGGGCUUAGAGCUCAACCCAGACACCUGCAGGUGCCGGAAGCUGCGAAGGUGACAUACUGCCCUCCAGACUGAGUGGGGCUGCUGUCUCACAGGCCACUGGCAGUGGGGGAAGAGGGAAGGUUGGGGCGAACACUCCUAGUCCAGCUGCCGACUUGGCCUGGGUACAUGCUGCUCCUCGAGGGCCCCUCCUGCCAGCUUCAUCGCCCUGCAGCUGCCAUCUAAUGGGGCACACUGAGUAGGGCGACGAGACCUGGAGGCAGCCAAGAGGGGUCACCACCAGUUUAGGGGAGCAUGGAGUGCCGGGCAAACGUCUCCUCCCUCUCUUUGUCUGCCAACCAUGGGAUUUGGGCUUUGCCAUGAAAACUGUGACCUCCCCCCACAUCCCCUGCCCCUGAUAAAAGAUGAGAGA